CGCUGCAGCCGCAGUCCAGGGAGGCGGCGGCAGUGGCGGGCAACGCGCAGGGCGCAGGGCGCAGGGCGCGGGCGAUCGCCGUCGGGGAGCAGGCGGCAGGCAGUGGGCGCAGGCUCCCCGGUGCCCGCCCCUCCGCUGGAGGUGGGGGGCGCAAGUGGGCUGCCGGGGAGGGGCCGGCACCGCAGCCGCAAAAUGAGCCUGCUUUCGGCCAUCGACACGAGCGCCGCCUCGGUUUACCAGCCGGCCCAGCUGCUCAACUGGGUCUACCUGUCGCUGCAGGACACUCACCAGGCGAGCGCCUUCGAUGCCUUCCGGCCCGAGCCUCCCCCUGGCGCAGCGCCUCCAGAGCUGGCGUUUGGCAAGGGCCGCCCGGAGCAGCUGGGCUCGCCCCUGCACUCCAGCUAUCUCAACAGCUUCUUCCAGCUGCAGCGCGGAGAGGCACUGAGCAGCAGCGUGUACAAGAGCGCCUCACCCUAUGGCUCCCUCAACAACAUUGCUGAUGGCCUCAGCUCCCUCACCGAGCACUUCUCUGACCUGACCCUCACCUCCGAGACCCGAAAGCCCAGCAAGAGGCCCCCACCCAACUACCUAUGCCACCUGUGCUUCAACAAAGGACACUACAUCAAGGACUGCCCCCAGGCACGCCCCAAAGGUGAGGGUCUGACCCCGUACCAGGGCAAAAAGCGCUGCUUCGGCGAGUACAAGUGUCCCAAGUGCAAGAGAAAGUGGAUGAGCGGGAACUCCUGGGCCAACAUGGGCCAGGAGUGCAUCAAGUGCCACAUCAACGUGUACCCGCACAAGCAGAGACCCCUGGAGAAACCCGAUGGCCUGGACGUGUCUGACCAGAGCAAGGAGCACCCCCAGCACCUGUGCGAGAAGUGCAAAGUGCUGGGCUACUACUGCCGCCGAGUGCAAUGACCGGCCCAUCCUCCACACCUGCCCCCUCCUGCCAGCCAGAGAAAAUGCCACCUCCCAUGUUCAUCUGUGUUGCUGCAUGUCCCCAUGUGCAUGGGGGCGUCCUCACAGGCAUGCGGGUCUGGCAGGGGUGUCCUAGGUUCUUGUCUUCAUGUGUGUUGACAAACAGUGUUACUGACGUAGCUGCUCCACCGAAGUCUGGGUCUCAGACUCUCUCGGUGGGCCUGGAGUCUGUGUGCAGAGAACGUGGGUGAGCAGAGGUUGAGGCACUGAUCCCACAAAGCCCUUGGGGUGCCCUGCAGGCUCUCCUCGGCUAAGGCUCCCUUCGGGCUGAGCAGCCUUCUAUUGGCCACAAGUGCACUAAAUUGACUGUGAAUCCCACAGCCUGUCAGGGAUUAUCUUUCAAAACCAACCAGGCGGCCUUCUCCCAGAACCUAACUUGCCCCGUGUGCAAAGCCACUCCCAGAAAGGCCUGUUUUCUGUCCUGUUUGAGACCACCGGGUCACGGGGAGCCAACACCUGUCCGAGCAGCUGCUGGGAGUGGGCUUCUCUGCCCGACUCACUUUGAGCCCUAAACCUGAUCGCCUCUGACGUCCCUAUCCCCUCUCCUUGUAGACCCAGAGGUUGGGGACAGGGAGGCAGUGAGUGUCGGACAGUGUCCCCAGGUGUGACCUGGGCACAUCAGGCAUCUCCUCCCCCCACUCACCCCCACACACUUUCCCCACUGGUUUGGAUCUUGUCAGCCCCAUUCCCUUCCCUUCUUCACCUCCCACCCAUGCUCCGGCCCCGGUUGAGUUUUGGGGCCCGUUGUGGGAGCCGCUCUGGCAGGAAGGAUGCAGGCCUGUUGGACCAGAGAGAGUCCUAGGUUCAGAGGCUGGCCCUGCUGCUGACCAGCUGUGGAACUUGGGAAGGACUUGUCAUCUCUGGGCCUUGGUUUCCCCACUAGGUAAGUGAGAGAGUGGCACUGGAGAGCAGAGAGGCCUGUUUCAAGUCCCAUCUGGAAUUCAGCCUGGCCGGGCACCCUCUCCUGGAGCACAGGGCUUAGUCUGGAGCGCUCCCCUCGGUCCUGUGCUCCUUGCCGUAGCCUGUCAGUGGGUCGCGUAAGAGUCGAGCCCAGGGAGCCAGUCUUCCCUUGUCCUCCCUGCAGGGCCGGCCCUGCCUGUCGUCUCCCACCCCUGCAGAAGUGAAGGAGAAGGACGCCCCUCCACCUCACACAGGGCAACCCCAGACAAGCUGUGGAACCUCUCACUUGUGAACCGGGGACUAUGAUUUCCUACCUCCCGGGGGAGCAGGGAGGCUGCUUGGCUCUCACAGGGGUCAGGGAGAUACUGUCCUGGCAGGUGGGAGGGGUCGAUUCUCCUCUCCUGUCUUCCCAGUGAGAAGCCUUAGUUUUCUUUUCACACCAUUCUUCCUUUCUCCCUGGGACAGGGAGAAAAUUGGUUGUCAGGACUGAAUCACUUGAUUUUGCCCCGAUACUAUGCCUCUGUGGAAAAAAAAAUCAGACCAUGAAAUGGGCCUGAAAUUCAGUGUUUACCACGGCUCAAGGACACCCACCCGGUGCCCAGUUGCCUUUUGUUUUCAAAUGAAAAUGUUUGUACAACUGAGGAGUUACAGUAAAGUGUUAACCAGGGGUCCAGGGAGCGAGUCAGAAACAUGGAGUGAGUGUUCUGGAAGCCAGGGCGCUGCGGUGUAGGUUUCGGGGGCUCGUGCACUCUGAGCACUUGAAAAGAAGGUGUUGGCCCCAGCCUGAGCCCGAAGCCACCCCCUCUGCCCGCAGCAGUGACGCCUGGCUACUGGGCUACUGACCGUGAGCACCCUCUCCACCCGCUGGGAAUGCCACCGAAGAGUCCUAGGCCAGCUGUUCCCUGCCUUCUCCACGGUGUCGAGGUGAGUGGGAGUCGCCCCGGCCUAAGGCACUCUGUCCCGGAGGAGAGGCUGUUACUGUCUGUCAUCCUAGGGCACAGCUCUAGAUACUGUGCACAGUGGUGGGCAGUGUGCUUGGGUUGGCUGUCAGGGCGAGGCCCCAACCCUUCCAGAGACCUGGCCCUGCCUGGGUGUUGGCCCCAGCACGCCCGGGGCCUGCCAGCGGUGCUGCACAGUGGGGGAACCGGGACCCUACAGAGAACCCAGACUCAAGCUGCUGGAGGCCAGGCCCUCCGCAGGCCAACAGGAGAUGGGCUGUCGCCCCACAGUGACCUUUUCAGUGGGCACAUCCAGCUGGCAGCCACCACCCCUGCCAUCUGCACAGAGCUGGCCGCCAUGGGGGCUGGGCCCUCAGCCCGAGGCAGCCCCUCUGUGCUCCCCACUUCUGUACUGUUCUGGCUGAAUUGGGAGUGCUCUGUGGUCAGCAAAAGCUACUGGUGUCCGGGCUGGAUGCUGUGAGAACUAAGUGCUCAGAGGGCCUGGGAGGGGACGAGAAAGUGUGUGGUGUUAGUCAUGUCGAAAGGGACAAUCGCCUGCAGUGAGCAGACCAGUGGUCGAGCUGGGAGAUAGCAGUGUUUACCCUGUAUGAAGUAUUCAGUAGUUCUACUUGUGAGUUUGUAUUUAUUUUGAGUUAUACUUGACACAGAAUUCCUUUUUUUAAAGAAAAAUGCUAUUUGUGUAUUUUGAAAAAAAUCAUGGAUGUUAAAAUUUCUGCGUGGUUGUCAAUUACUCUCACAACACUGAAUUUGUUACCUUCUCCUGAAAAAUCUUCACGGUGAUUUUUGUAUGUAUAUAUUUGAAGGCCUUUUUUUUAAAAAAAAAAGAAAAAGAAAAAGAUAAUUGUUUGAUUUUUGAGAUAAAAAACAAA